AUGGCUAAUCCACCUUCCAAACCUCAAAUAUUGCUGCCAGACGACCUCAUAUUGGAGAUUUUUGCUAGAGCCGAUGUCAAUACGAUUGGUCGUAGCAGAACCCUGUGUAGCUAUUGGAACUGGGAGCUGGGGACCGAGGAGUUUGUCUUGAAGCAUCUACAUGCUGCUAAGAAGAGGCCAGCUUCCAUUUAUGUUCACUUUGGUGUCAAGGGACGAAGAUCAUUGGGGAGUUGGGUUUUUAGAUUUAAUGUGGAUACUGGUGAGAAUGAACGCCUGCACAUCCCAUUCUUGAGGAACUCUCAGGGCCAAUUCGAGGUGAUCGGUACUGAUAAUGGUUGCAUGGCCAUUAGGUAUUCAUGCAUUAGUCACCCAAGUAAUCUCAUCGUGUGGAAUCCUAAUACUGAUCAGGUAACACGAAUUCCGGAUCCUAUGCAACAUCAUUGUUGUAUUUGUGCCUCCACUUAUGCAUUCCUGUACUUUCCUUAUUCGGUUGGGUAUGUGUGGAUAAAUAUUUAUAAGAAGAAAAUUCUUGACUCACAAUCAUGGUUGACUUCAUACUCAUCAGUGACUGGCCAUUGGGAUAGUAAUUUUCCCUGCCCUCCAUAUGUUCAGGGUGUUGAUUCUAGGUAUGUUGUUAACCAUGGCAUCGUUUAUUGGUUGAAUUGGAACAAUCAUGCACAGACAAGUCCACAGUGUAUUGUUCACUUUUCAAUUUUUACCAAUCAGUUUGGAUUCAUUUUGAUCCCUGUGGAAGCCAGAGCUAUGAUUCAGCGGCUUUUAAUCUGUGAAGGUUGUUUGUAUUAUGCUGCUGUUCAUGCUAAAUCAGACAGUUAUAGGUGGCUCAUCUGGAAAAUUGAAGAAGGCAAUCAAGGAUAUUCCUGGGAGUUGUCAUCUCAGUUUCGAGGUCAUGGAUCAGCAGAAUCUCCAGAGUAUUUGACUCAUGAUUAUUUGAUAACAGUUAAAGAUACUUCUCAACCAACUAGAGGAACUCAGUUCACCAUCACCAAGUUAGAUACAAAAAAUCAGCAGAGAAGAACACUUAAAGUGGUGGAAUUCCCACUUUCUACGUAUAUUAAAUCACUGAAUUUGAAUUUUAACACUAUUGUCCCAGUUUAG